AGAAACCUCCUGUGUCUAUUUCUUAUGCCGUUUUAAGUAUCCCAAAAUUUACACUAUUGCUGUUGAAUAUGGACCCCUUUUAGUUAUUUUUGAAUUCGACCUGUUUGGUGUUAUGUCUCUGAGAGUGUAGGAUGUGAAAAUGACACUAAUUUCUUUUCUUGAACCCUCUUUCCUUCACUCAUCCCUCUAUUUCAUUUAAAUCUCGCCUUAGCAAAUCCUUCAGCCAACGCACUAAUCAUGGCUCUGCAGGUAGAAGGAUGGCCCUUGGGAUUACUGAAUGGGAGGAUUGGGUUAGUGGAAACUGGCAGUGAUUUCUCCGGAUCAAUACUAACUGCUUCUCCCACUUCUUUCACUCAUUCUUCUCCAGAUCUUGAAUCGCAGUCCCCAGGAUCGUUGUACAAUGAAAAGACCACCACACUUGGAAGGCUAGUUGGUGAUUUUUGCCCCUUGGAACUCUCACAGAGAUCUACAAGGGCAAGAACAAGAAUAGCGAUGAAACCCUCGAAGGACAACAAUAAGAAGAGUCCCAAGAUGAAGCCAUGGCUGCCCUCCUUGUGUUCAAAGCAAACCACUGAUGCAGUGAAUGUGAAGGAUUGUCCUUCUCUUCGUCACUACCUUGAAGCUGAGAGAAGAGCUGCAGCUUCUUUCAGAUUCAGCCAUUCCAUCUAUUCUGCUUCCCAUUUUCCCCCAAUUAAACGCUCUAAUUCUCUAUCAUAACUGCACAUUCUCAGAGUUGAGAAUCUAUCCUGUUUACCAGAAUUUUACUUUUUUUAAGCCUUUUUCCUUUUUUUCCCCCUUUAUUCAUGUUUGUGUAAAAUAGAAAAAGAAGAAUACUUGAAGAAAUUUAUGCAUCCUCUUUUGAUGCCUCUAUCAUCUGUUUCAUUGUGGUAUGCAGAAAAAUGAUGACUUCUUGUUACUGGUUUCCUUUAAUGUGAGAUUUUAGCUGCCCAAGAGUGCAGCUGGUCUUGUUA